CACCCCCCAAAAAAAAAAAAUAAAAAAAAAAUAACUAAAUAAUAAUGUUGGAUUAUUAGCUUGGAUGGGAGGAUGAAUGUGGUGGGUAAGGUUGGUAGCCUCAUUUCACAGGGUGUUUAUUCUGUUGCUACCCCAUUCCAUCCCUUCGGUGGGGCUGUUGAUGUUAUUGUUGUGGAGCAGCAGGAUGGGACCUACCGGAGCACGCCUUGGUAUGUACGGUUUGGUAAGUUUCAAGGCGUCCUUAAAGGUUCUGAGAAGAUUGUUCGCAUAUCUGUGAAUGGUGUGGAAGCUGGUUUCCAUAUGUACCUUGAUAAUUCUGGUGAAGCUUAUUUCGUUAGAGAGGUUUUGCCUAGUAAAGAUCAGAAGAUUGACGGGCUUCAUAAGAAUCCUGACAAUCCAGAAGUACCACAGCUAGAUAGUAAUGGCAGCUGUAACAGUAUUGGUAAUAUUGGUAAGGACAGUAGUAAUGAUAAUCAUGUUAGUCUUGGUCGAGAUGAAAAUGCUGUAUCCAAUUCCGAGGAAUUCUUUAUUUCCAAUGAAUGUCUUUCCUUAAAUAGAGACCAGCUUGAGAAUGUUGAAGCAGACAAUGGAAGACGGCUAUAUACAUUUCAAGAUGACAAAUCUCCUGGAGCUGAUUCUGUUGGGUCAUCAGAGUUUGGGGCUUAUCAUUAUGAGAGCUUAGAUCACGUUGAGAAUGUUGUGGAAUCUCAGGGUUCGGACUCAGAGGUGGUAUUGGUGAGUGUGGAUGGGCAUGUACUGACAGCACCCAUCUCUUCAUUGGAACAAAACACAGAUAAUGUGCAGUUAAGUACGCCACAGUUUCAUCUGGGUCCAGGUGAAGGAACUGACUACAAUGGAGAUAAUGAGGAGUUUUGUACUGGUGAAGAUGCAUGGGCUGCUGCUGAUUAUUUGAGUGAUAUUAAUGUGGCAGCACCUAAUAGUGCAUCGGACGGCACACUACCCAUAUGUAAUGCUGAUCGGAUUCCUUCUGAAGUUUGUGAAAUUGUCAAUAAAGUUAUCUCUCAAUCUCAGGAUGCUCAGACCAUUGAAAGCAUUGAAAGAAGAGAUCAUGGUCACUCAACAGAUAUAGUUGUUUGUAGAAGUAAGAAAGAGUUCACUGGGAAUUGCUUACAAAUUGGAGAUGCAGAUGCACAAAACAUUGGUUCUCCAUUCAUUGACGUGGCCACAAAACAAGGCACUGAAGAUCCACUUGGGGAUUCUUAUUCCAGUCUUCCACCAAAGAAGCAAACUCAAGCCACAGAUGAUCCUGUAUUCAAUUCUGGUCUUGGGUUAUCCCUUUCUAGUUCAGGUUCCGCUGGCAACAGUAUGUCUGUAGGUUUAAGCAUUGAUGUUGAGUAUCUCGAGAACAGUAAUUUGAUAGUUGGAAGAUCAGAUAAUGAGGAUUCGGACAUCACGUCUGUCCAUUCUGUAAGCAAUGAUCCAGGAUGGAAGGAUGAACAAUUUGGUGUAGCACCAGAAGCUCUUGGGCUACAAGAUAGUCCAGGAGGACCCUCGCCUGAAGAAGAAUGCAGUCCCAAUGAGAUAGCAGAAAUUCAGAAAGGAGCUUCUGGUGGAGGAAUGGGAUUUGAGAUUUCAUUAUCUGCAGCUAAUAGUGCAUCAGAAGGCGUGCUACCCAUAUGUAAUGCUGAUCAGAUUCCUUCUGAAGUUUGUGAAAUUGCCGAUAAAAUUAUCACUCAAACUCAGGAUGCUCAGACCAUUGAAAGCAUCAAACGAGAUCAUGAUCACUCAAAAGAUAUAGUUGUUUGUAUAAGUAAGAAAGAGAUCACUGGGAGUUGCUCAGAUUUGUCAGAUUUAUGCAUUGGAGAUGCUGAUGCAGAUGCACAAAACUUUGGUUCUCCAUUCAUGGACGUGGCCAAAAAACAAGGCACUGAAGAUCCACUUGGGGAUUCUUAUUCCAGUCUUCCACCAAAGGAGCAAACUGAAGCCACAGAUGAUCCUGUAUUCAACGCUGGUAUUGGGUUUCCCCUUUCUAGUUCAGGUUCAGCUGGCUACAGUAUGUCUGCAGGUUUAAGCAUCGAUGUUGAGGAUCUUGAGAACAAUAAUUUGAUAGUUGGAAGAUCGGAUAAUGAAGAUUCUGACAGCACGUCUGUCCAUUCUGUAAGUAAUGAUCCAGGAUGGAAGGAUGAGCAAUUUGGUGUAGCACCAGAAGAUCUUGGGCUACAAAGUAGUCUAGGAGGACCCUCGCCUGAAGAAGAAUGCAGUCCCAAUGAGAUAGGAGAAAUUCAGAAAGGAGCUUCUGGUGGAGGAAUGGGAUUUGAGAUUUCUCUUUGUGCAAAUCUUCUUUAUGCUGGAAUGGGGAUGGGUCCUGCUGGUGUAAUCUUUGAUGCACAUUGCAUAUCUGAAGAGGAGUUCAAAGCUUCUGCAGCAUCGAUUACCAAGAAUGAAAACCUUAUUGUUAGAUUUAAAGGGAAGUACUUAACAUGGGAUCAAGCUGCUCCUGUGAUUCUCGGAAUGGCUGCAUUCGGUUUAGAUUUACCCGUUGAGCCGAAAGAUGCAAUUCCCAUGGAACAGGAUGAGUCACUAAAGCCCAAGGAAGAUGCUUCUGCAACUUCCUCACCUUCUAGCCGCAGAUGGAGGCUUUGGCCAAUCCCAUUUAGAAGAGUUAAAACUCUUCAGCACACCACCAGUAACUCAUCAAAUGAGGAGGUGUUUGUUGAUUCAGAACCUGGCUCACAAAACCCACCUUUGGAACCAGCUCCAGUAUCCACUGGUGGCAAUGAGUCUCCUCAUAAGCAGCUAGUAAGAACAAAUGUUCCCACUACUGAGCAGAUUGCUUCUUUGAAUCUUAAAGAAGGCCAGAAUAUGGUAACCUUCAGUUUCUCUACCAGGGUUCUAGGAACUCAAAAGGUUGAUGCCCAUAUCUACCUGUGGAAGUGGAAUGCACGGAUUGUCAUCUCUGAUGUUGAUGGGACCAUUACCAAGUCGGAUGUCCUUGGUCAAUUCAUGCCACUAGUUGGGAAGGAUUGGACACAAUCUGGAGUAACACGGCUUUUCUCUGCCAUUAAGGAAAAUGGUUAUCAACUACUCUUUUUGAGUGCACGUGCAAUUGUUCAGGCAUAUCUAACCAGGAGUUUUCUUCUCAACAUCAAGCAGGAUGGGAAAACAUUACCAAAUGGGCCUGUUGUCAUUUCACCCGAUGGAUUAUUUCCUUCACUGUACCGAGAAGUAAUAAGAAGAGCACCUCAUGAGUUCAAGAUUGCAUGUUUAGAGGAUAUUAAAGCACUUUUUCCAAAAGACUACAAUCCAUUCUAUGCGGGCUUUGGGAAUAGAGACACUGAUGAACUCAGCUACCGGAAAAUUGGGAUCCCAAAAGGCAAAAUAUUCAUCAUCAAUCCUAAGGGUGAAGUAGCCAUCAAUCACAGCAUUGAUGUAAAGUCAUACACCUCUUUGCACACGCUAGUGAAUGACAUGUUCCCACCCACUUCACUAGUAGAGCAGGAGGAUUUCAAUGCAUGGAAUUAUUGGAAAAUUCCACUGCCAAACAUUGACUGACAACAAACAUUAUUGAGGUUGUUUUCCAUCAACUGGGGCAAUUAAGAGGGUGGGAUGGUCUGGAUUAUUUUCACAGCCUGCAACACUCCAAUUUAUCCAUCCUCUAUUAUUAGUGCUGAUUUGCUUAUUUUUUGAGAAAAAAAGAGAAGAAUACUGGUAUGCUUGUUCUUUAUUCAUUAAUCAUUUCGGGUGAUGAUGUCAUAAUCCGUAUACCAUUAUCUUCCUAGUGGAAAUUUCAGGUGCCAGGUUGGCUUAAAAUGCCUCUUAAUACAAUAAAGAUUUUGUCACCAUCGUAAGCGCACCCAUGUUAAGAUUCAUGUAUUGUUCUGUUUUCAUCUUGCAAAUAGAGGAUUUAUUUAUUCAAACAGUCUGGUUAUUCUGGCCUUGCAUCACCAAAUCUCUAUAUAAUAGGGUAUCUAGAUGGUUUCUGUCCACACCAAAUAGCAUACUUGUAUUGAACAACAAAAUUUGCUAAGAUUUUUGGAUCUGUAUUCUCAUUGUAAUGUUCAUGGGUACUUGAGAUAGCUGCAUCUGUCCUUAGGCAGGGUGAGUUGCUUUUUGUAGAGGAUGGCUUGGUUACUUGUCAAAGAGUUCCCAGAUGAUUCUCCAAGAAAAUAAAUUACCAGCAGAUGCCACGAAGAGUUGGUCUUAGUUUAUCAGGGAGCCUGCUUGGGUACAAAGUUAUGUAAAUUGCUUCUGGUGAUAUGUUGAAAGAGUAAUCUGAUGACGGUCUUCCAUGAGCAUCUAAUUUGAUUUAACUCCCGCUGUUUUUAUAGUUGAAAACUAUUGUCAAACUCAAGUGUAGUACCUAACAUGGAUGAAAUGUAGGGUGCUGUGUUGGGCCAA